AUGGCAGAAAAACAUGAAAACUCUAAUGCCCACAAGCUUUGUUUAACAAAGUACAAGGGAUGGCUGGAUUCUCAAAAAACUGGUGCUGUUUCAGUUAAAAUCAAUGAACAAAUGGCCCAAACAGUAGAAAAAAAUAGAGAAACUCUGAAGACACUUGUAAGAAGUGCAUUGUUCUGUGCCCGCCAAGGCAUUGCACUGAGAGGACACAGGGAGGUACAACCUGGGAAAGCUCAUGAAGAUCCAGAUGACAGUGAUGACUCAAACGAUUUAUUGGAAGACCGCCCCGAAAGUAUGAAUCAUGGAAAUUUUCAAGAAUUGGUCAAUUUGCUUUGUAUGGAAAAUAGCCAGUUCAAUAGUAAUUUAAAAAACCUUCCUGGAAAUGCCAAAUAUACCUCUAAGACUAUCCAAAAUGACCUUUUAGAUGCAGCCUCAAAUGUAGUCACUCGCAGCAUUGUUAAUGAGAUUAAGUCUAGCAACAUAUACAGCAUUAUAGUUGACGAAGCUCGAGAUGAAGGAAAAAAAGAGCAAAUGUCUAUCUGUUGCCGUUACAUACAUCAGGCUAAGAUAAAAGAGAGGUUUCUUGGGUUUGUUGAGUUACAAGAGCUCACAGCUGAAUCUUUAGCGAUCAAGAUAUUAAGUUUCUUGGAAUCAAAUGGUCUAGAUAUUAAGAAUUGUGUAAGCCAGUCGUUUGAUGGAGCAUCUGUCAUGUCGGGAAAACUUAAUGGAGUGCAGACAUUAAUCAGAGAAAUGGCAAAGAAUCCUUGUCCUUACGUCCAUUGCCAUGCACAUAGACUCAACUUGGUCUUGGUUGACGUAGCCAAGAAUGUGCAAAUAGUUAGGGAAACAAUUGGCCUAUUAGAAGCAAUCUAUGCAUUCCAAUCCAGCUCCACACUACGUCAUGAACUCUUCAUUUUCUUCAAAGAGACUAAAACAGGCAAAAAAUCAAUUACAGUACCUCAACACAGCGAUACAAGAUGGGUAGCAAAGUAUAAAGGAGUAGAGUUCUUUAAGAACAAUCUUGACUCUGUCAUUAAUGCUUUGAAAAAAUGUACAGAAAGUUCAAAGCCAAGAGAAGCUGCUGAGGCUCGGGGCCUCUUGAUCCAAAUACAAUCGUUUAACGUGGCUUUCACUCUAGUUAGCCUUGAAGGUGUCUUAAAAAUUGUGAAUAUCCUCUCAAAACAACUUCAGUCCUCGACCAUAGAUGUUGGCAAGUGCCGAAAGCUCGUAAAAGCAACAAGAGAUCAGUUAGAGGAGUUGAGAUCUGACGCAAAAUUUGAAUCCUUUUUUCAAGAAACUGCACAAUUGUGCAAUGAUUGUGAAAUCGAUCAUGCAAGGGCAAGAGACACUGGCCGCCGUAAACAGAAUCCAACAGCAAGCCUGGAAGAUUAUUUCGUCACGGAGACUACUGGGAAGGGACGAUACACACAGAAAGAAAAUCCUAAGACAACAUUGAAAGCAGAGUAUUUUCAUAUUCUUGAUAAUAUGAUAUGUGAAAUGGACAAACGGUUUGCCGAAAAUGACAUUUCAAUUGCUUGUAUUUCAGCCUGUAACCCAAAGUCACACGAUUUUUUAGACCCAAAAGUGUUGUGUAACUUCUCAGAGCUGCACGGGAAAGACUGUGACUUCACUUCUACCUUGAAAGUGCAAUGUGAUUUAGGUAAAACAAUGUUCAAAGAAUCUAAAAGUAGCAUGGACGUGUUGAAUGAUUUAGCCAACUUCCCAUCUUUCGAUGAACUAAAACAAGUAAUGACGAUCGUGUUGACAAUGCCCGUCUCCACAGCUACUGCUGAAAGGUCAUUUUCUACUAUGAGGAGAAUUAAAUCAAACUUAAGGGCUACAAUGACGGGGAGGAGACUACACAGUUUGGGAGUGUUAUCUAUUGAAAAGGAAGCAAGUUUAGAACUUCUGAACAACCCUGAUCCUGUAAUUGAUGAAUUUGCUUCUCAGAAAGGCAGAAGAUUGCAGUUUGUAAUGAAAUAA